CAGGAACGUGACCAUCGCAACAAGCCAGUCCGUUGAGAUGGCGAUCACCUGCGGCUCUUGCACGUAUGUCAGCCAAGACAAAGACGCAACGUUUUGCUCCAUGUGUGGCAACGCGUACAACGCCAACGUCGUUGUUGUCACGCCUGUUGAGACCGUGUACGAGGCCCAUCCCGUGGCAGCGUCACCAGUCGGCGCUCCUCUCGUCGUGACGGCGUCUGGGCAAGUGCUCAAGCCCGACGGAACGUGCGCCCAUGUCCGCGCCGACAACGAAUUUACUUGUUGUGGUAUCUGCUGCGCCAUUUGCUUUUUCCCAGCAGGUAUCCUUUGCUGCCUUUUCAUGCAAGAACGCCACUGCAGCCACUGCAAGCAAUUGUUGCCGUAACUUCGCACGACCCAUGCACUUGUUCUGCUUCCACCUUUAGUGUGCUUGACAGUGAGUUAUAUUGAUGCAACAUGCGGUUGGAUGUGCCAAAGCGCUUGAUACAUUGGGUCACCAUAGAUUCAUUGGUGUCCUGUUUCCAUCAACGCAAGCCAUAUGGAACAGCAGACGUCGCAACUGAAUGCGUCAUUGCCAUUUCCAAGUUUGCGAGCUCCAUCGCUGUUCUUGUCUCGACUACUUCCCGCACUCUUCUCGCGUGACGAGGGGGUGUUUCGCGCGCAGCAUGCCCAACAACGGUCGAAACCUUCGUUGCGGUGACAAGUUGUCAUGCUUUGCACUCUCCCAUGCGCUCCUUCAAGAGGAACGCAGCGGACGCCACGUGCAUCUUCGUGUUGUGCCGUCUUGCGACCCCUC